AUGGAGAGCUGCCGUCCAGGUGAUCGCCUUGAGCUCGCUGCCGGAGCCGGUGGCCGCCAAGUACUACCACAUGAGGAGGCGGGGUCGACACCUGGGAGGUGGGAGAUGAGAUUGAUCAUCCUGGGGUCUCAAGAAGCUGCCGGAGAUGUGAGGACGAAGAUGGAGAAAAUCCGUGACAAGGCCCACCAUCAGAUCGAGGACUUGAAAAAGCAAAAGCUGAUUGAAGCUGGUAUUGGUGCUGUGGGGGAUUUCUCACCAGCUGAAGAACAUGCCCAAUUGACUUCAGAGCGGAGGUGGGAGAGGUCCACGCAGUCAGCUUUGGCUUUGGAAGAUCAGGCGGGCGAUCGGGUAAUCGGUGAUCGGGUGGUCGACGGUGGGAGUGGUGACAGUGGUGAUGAUGGCACCCCGCCUUCGAUUGGAAAGGAGCGGAGGCUCAGCAAGGAGGAGCCAGACGUCUUAGACGACGAGAAUGAGGUGAUCAGUUUGGGUUGGUUGAGCCAGGUUCAACAGCAGCCCCGUGUCGGGGUGGUGAGAGCCAGCCGUGACUGGCCCGUGAUGGUGGACCGUGGCGGUUCACAGAAAGCCAGGUGCGACGAUCCCUUCGAAGUGGUGGCCCGACUCCAGGCCUCAGUGGCAGAGAAGUUGGCUGAGAUCGAAGGGAUGGGCACCGAUCUGAACUUCGAUGAGGUCGAGACGCUCCGGGUGAUGUCGCAGGACCUGAUGGCGGAGGGUGGACGACCGUUUGGAAGGUCGGAUUUGGAGCCAAGCCGAGCCUUACAGGAGUGGCGUGCUGAACUGCUGUCCGUGCUGCAAUUGGCCUCGUUGCUGUCCACGGCCUUGAUCGACUUGACCAAGAAGAUCGAACAGGUUCAGCUCAACCACACAGAGUUGGCCAUCAGGGACAUCAAGCGGCAAGGAUUUCAGCUCCCAUCGCCACCGACCGGCCGGGUCGUCGGCCGAAGAAGCCACGCGCGUGCGUGCGUCGCGCGUCGCUCGCGUCGCUGUGGCCGGAUGACGCACCAGCGCUCGGGGCCGGUGGAGGGCGAAGACUUCAUCGAGUUUCAGGACACCCAGUAUGUCACUGGACAUAUCCAGAGGAUGUAUCGCUUCUACAUGUUCCUGCCUGAGCACGGAAAGCCGUACAAGACGAUGUGGGUCACGGACUUGGACUAUGUGCGGAAGGAGCGGGACAGGUGCUUGGAGCUACAGAAGAAGAAGCUGGAGAAGAGGAAGAAGUCGCAACACAACACAUUGGCAAACAUGCAGACCAUUGCAGAGAGGCAGAUUUACAAUGAUUUAAAAGAGCAUAGCUGGCCGGAGUCCUUGCCCUUCUGGCUUCUCAUUAAGCGUUUCCCGCAUGCUCCAAGCUCACAGGCCUCCGAGAAGAGCGCCGCCGAGAUCUACCGGAAGAGGGACGAGGAGCGCUCGGCGGAGAUCCUGCUCGAGACGGAGAUUGCCGCGCUGCCCUUGGCACCUAAGGCCUCGCUGGGCACUUCGAUCCUGGAGCGUCAUCGGGUCUUGCACGUUUGCCUCGGCCGGGAGCACGGAGUGCUCUUGUCGGACGCGGGCAUUGCCUUCACCUGGGGCGACAAUCGCUAUGGCCAACUUGGGCGACCCCCGGUGCUGAAGGAGGAGAAUGGCAGGCCUUUCCCCGUGGUGGGCCUGGCCGACUACGAAGUGACCCAGGUCUCGGCCGGCACGCACCACUGCCUGGCCUUGGUGGCGCCUGGCCUGGUCUGGUCCUGGGGGCGCAACAAGGAUGGGCAGCUGGGAGUCGGUGACUUCAGGGAUCGAAUCCAUCCGGUGGAAGUGUGCCACCCACCAAUCCUAGAUGGAGCCGAUUCCACCUUGCAGCCCGAUUGCUCAGUCCUGGUUCCGGAUCACCAGCGCUUGGGGCCGAUCGAGGUGGAUGAGUUGACCUGGACUGGUCAUAGCUUGAAGGGCAUCUCAGCAGACCUGAGGUCAGCGUCCGCAGCUCAGGGCGACCGUGACGCGCCACACGAAACCGAUGAUUGCACCGUGCAUAGACGUGGCAGCCUUCGUGGCUUUGAUCCCACUGUGUGGGGCCAGAUCAGCAGCAACUUCAACGUCGCCAAUACCGACAAGUCCAGGAAGAGUGGGAUUGCUUUGGUCCAAAACAGGCCGUACCUCAUCUUCGAGCAGACCCUCUUUCGCUCUCAGAUGCGCGCAGGUCGGGUGUCCAUCUCGUCCACGGGAUGCAAGGUCUUGCACCAGGACACCUUCACCGAGCAGUUGAGAGCGGAGACGUUGGUGCAAGGGGUGCAAGACAUGCAAGCCAGCAUCAACGAGGAGCGGCAGCACCUAGCAGAACUGAACAAGACGACCACCGAAGCAGAGGCACCAGCAGCGCAGCAGCACGGGGGCGACGAGGAUGAGCUGGCCACGCUGCAGGACACCAUUGGCCAAUUGGAACGAGACAUCAUGCUCUUGGAACGAGACAUCGAAGCCUACGGGAAGAGCCUCGAGAGCUGCGACCUGCGACAGGCACACAACCGGAAGCAGUUGCAGCAGCUGCAACAGCAAGGCACCUCGUUGCGGGAUCGGCAAGACCAGGUGUCCCUCAACAUCUACAUGGCGCCCAAAGCCGGCGCUGAGAGGAGGAAGUUGGAGGAACAACUCACAGAGGUCGAAGAGUUCGUCCAGGCGAACAAGAAUACCCGCAUGACGCUGCUGGACCAACGCGCCGAGACGGACAAGGAGAAGCAGAAGAUCUUGGCGCAGUUGGCCAACAGCCGCAAGCAGCGCGAGCGCUUCCAGCGGCGCUUGGACAUCGUGAAGGACCUGAGCAAGUCGAGCAAAGCUUCGAGCUCCGGUGCCUCGGAUCCCCUGAUCAAGGUGCUAGACAAGCAGUGCCAGGAGAUGUCUGAGUACUUCAGUCGCCGCCAAAGCGUCGGCGGAGAGAGCAAGGACUUCCUGGCUGCGAUGAAGAUCCACGAUGCUGACCGUGCCUUCUUGGACCAGAUCGAGCAGAAGAUGAAGGAUGUGGUGGACAAUGUGAUCAGCAAUGGUACUCCGGAGCGGGCGGAACGGGCUCGCCUGGUGAACCAAAUGUUGGUGGACAUGGUGAACCUCAGAAGAUCCUGGUGUGACAUGUUGCAGGACCGUUGGGCGUCGGAUGGUUUGGACCUGAGCUGUUUCUUCGAGGGCUCCACGAAGCCCUCGGCCGCCGACCCACGGGAGGCGGGUCGAAGACUCCGACCCUCCGAAGGGGGGGACCCACCCGGCUGA